AUGGUUCUGUUUUUCUCAUUCACUCCACAACAGAUUGAGGAGACUGAAGAGACAGUGCAAGAGGAGACGGAGGUUGAGCCCGAACCCCCCAAACCAUCCCCCCCGAAGCAGGCAAACCCCAUCUCGUCUUCCAAGGCUCAACCUCAUGCUAAGCCGAAGUCAAAGAUUUCAGCAUCCCGCAAGCUUUCUCUUAAGAUCCUGCUGCUGACCCGAGCGAAGGAGGCUCUGGACAAGGAGAAGCUGGACCGAGACGAGGAGAAGGUCCGGUACCUGGCGGAGCGAGUUCCACCCCUGCAGCUCGCAGGACUUACUCUGGAGCAGCUACAGAAGCUUUGCACUGAGCUUCACACCAAGAUUGAAGUUGUGGACGAGGAGCGCUACGACAUCGAGGUUAAAGUCAACAAGAACGCUCGCGAGAUCCAUGAUCUGAAUCUGAAGAUCCUGGACAUCCGAGGCAAGUUCAAGAGGCCCAACCUGCGACGAGUGCGCGUCUCGGCUGAUGCCAUCCUGCGCUCGCUGCUGGGCUCCAAGCACAAGGUGUCUCUGGACCUGAGAGCCAACCUCAAGUCAGUGAAGAAGGAGGACACAGAGAAGGUGCUCACCACAGAGGUGCAGGACUGGCGUAAGAACGUGGAGGCCAUGUCUGGCAUGGAGGGCAGGAAGAAGAUGUUCGACGCUGCGGGCGCUGGCCAAUAAUCUGUGUGAGAUACUUGAACUGUUCCGACUGCCUCUCCACGCCUCCGUUUGCCUCCUUCUCUGUAACUAGAUUCCUCCAUGCUUGAACUGUGCAGAACGAAGCGCAGCUCCACAGACUGACAGAUGAAGCACAUUUCUUCGGUUGAAAAUCAUAUAUGUUGCCAGCAUGUAUACAUGAGCAGUGCAUUCUAGUGUUAUCCAGGCACUGCAGUACAGCGUCUGAAGUGCAAGCUUGUGUGUGUGUGUGUGUGUGUGUGUGUGUGUGUGUGUGUGUAUCAGUGUGUGUGAACGGCAUCCUGUGGAUUGACAGACAGCACAUGCGCAACCGGUAAAGCAAUGCUUUAAAAUCCUAUUUUUUUUUUUAAACCAGCAUUAGGAACACUAUCAUUGCCCACCUGCCCUUUAAGGAGUGGUAAGCAAGGUUUUAAAAUCAAUUUUCUUGCCUCUUGUUAGCACCAGCAACAUUACCACUGAUCCACUUUAAAUGAGUGCUUACCAAGGUUUUAAAAUCAAAGUUUUCUAAUUAAAAACGGAUACACUGACAUAAUAUAAUUUAAAAUAAAACAGCUACAUUUUACUAAUAAUUUGUUCUGAUUUCCAUUUACUAAAACUAUAGGACUUUCGCGCGUGUUUCUGUACAAUGCAAGCACUGAGUUUAAUAAAGCAUGCUUCGUGUGAAACAAAAGCAGCAAUUAUUUAACUUCAGUGUUACCUAUAGCACUUAACCUUAUAUAUAUAUAUAUAAAUAUAUAUAUAUAACUAUAUAUAGUAAAACUGUAACUCUUUUAUCUACUUUUUAUGUACUUUUUAAAUGCUUAAUUUGUUCUUCUAUAACAAUAAAUCUUUACAAAAAAUG